AUGGAUUUGGACGUGGACAAGAGUCGAGCGGGCUAUUACGCUUCAAGUCGACUGACCAAAUAUUAUUCGACGCCAAAUAUUAUGUUUUUGAAACUGGAAGCGGCAAUCCAAUUGCCGUCCUCCACGAUCGGGACUAAUGAAGUUGAAGACACCGACCAAACCCAAUGCAGCGGUCUCCUGUGUGAAACUGCAGAAUACUUAUUAUGCUGCGAUAAUGGACCAGAUGGUAAAGACGAACAGGGUCAAACCUAUAAGCGCCGUUCCUUUUGGAAACGAACUAAAAAAUUUUAA